UAUAUGUUCUGUGGUCUCCACAGAAUUACAAAAACACUGUUUAUCGUUUUAACGGGAUGAUCACAUUGAACACUAAUAGGUAUAAUGACUGCAUGAAGUUGUCAUCCACAAUUUAAAAAAUGCAAGAAGACAAAGAGAUUGCGAUUCUUCUUUUGGAUGAAAUCCGUCACUGUCUCUUUGGUUGGUGGAUUUUGUUUACAUGCAAAAAGUGUAAUGUCAUGUCAUCCGAUUCUUGUUUUCUCUGUGAGCGGAGAGGAAAAUAUUUAUCGAGUCUUCUAGUUGACUUAAUAAUGUAAACUACGUAAUUAAAUACCAUCCUAACUCAUCAUCAAAAAUCAUUUUGCAAUUAAAAAAUAUUUAUGGUCGUAAGAGCGUAUUGAGAUGGUAUUAGUGUGGUCACGGUAAUUGUUAUUGUUUUCUUUCUCAUCCAAUUACCAACUUAAUGCGCAUUUGGUCACCUAGUCGCGUGAUUGGACGAUUCCUACCAGGCGAGUAGUGCUAGAGCGGGUGGCGGCAGCGGCUUGCGCUCUAAGCCGCAUUCCGCCGGCACAUUGCUAAGUCGCCGUAGCCGGCACUACUGGUUGCCGUGUACGUAUCACUGACCAACUUGGCAUCAUAUUGAAAUCUGUGAAAGAUGGGCGUCGAGCACAUCGUGAACGGGGUGUCGCUGGCGGCGGUGAGCGAGGUGAACAGCGCGGAGUACGACGCGCUCGUGCUGGUGACGACGCAGGACGUGGCGCCGCCCGGCGCGCUGCGCGAGGAGGUGCGGGCGGCGCGCGCGCUGGACGCCGGCCUGGACGCCGCGCCCGCGCUGCUGCGCUGCGCCAGCGUGGCGGGCGCGCGCCUGGUGCUGGCGCCCACGGGCCCGCUCACGCCCUACCACGACGUGCGCAGCGUGGGCGAGGCGGCGCGCGCCGGCCUGCAGCGCGCCAUGGCGGCCGGCGCGCAGCGCCCCGCGCUCGUGCUGCAGCCGCACCCGCUGUGGCCCGACGCCGACCUGGUGGCCUUGCUGGGCGCGCUCGAGGCGCUCUACGUGCCGCUCGAGAUCCGCGAGUCAUUCCCUGACCGUGGGCAUAAGGUACAGGCGCUGGGCGUGUAUGGCGAGGGGCUGACCGGCUCGCUGGAGGACCUGCUGCGUGACGCCGCCGCGCUGGAGCGCGCCAGGGCCUUUGCACGCGACUUGGGAGGAGCAGACCCCGAGCGCAUGACGCCGCUGCGCGCCGCGCAGUUUAUUCGCGAGACCUUCGCCGGCGGCUCCGUGCGAGUGCGCGUGCUGGACGACCGAGCCACCAUCGAGCGCGAGUACCCGCUGCUGGGCGCCGUCAACCGCGCCGCCGCCACCGUGGAGCGACACCGAGGCUGCAUCGUGUUUCUUGAGUACGAACCUGCGAGCUACGAGCGCACCGUGCUGCUGGUGGGCAAGGGCGUGACUUACGACACCGGCGGCUGCGACCUGAAAGUAGGCGGCGUCAUGGCUGGCAUGUCGCGAGACAAGUGUGGCGCUGCCGCUAUCGCUGGAUUCCUUAAGGCAUGCGACGAGUUGAAGCCGGCGCUGAAGGUGGGCGCGGUGUUGGGCAUGGUGCGCAACUCGGUGGGCGAGGACGCGUACGUUGCGGACGAGCUGAUCCGCUCGCGGCUGGGGCUGCCCGUGCGCGUGGGCAACACGGACGCCGAGGGCCGCAUGGUCAUGGCGGACCUGCUGGCCGAGAUGGCGGGGCGGGCCGAGCGCGAGCGCGCGCCGCACCUGUACACCGUGGCCACGCUGACGGGGCACGCGGGCCGCGCCUACGGGCCCGGCUACACGGCCGCCAUGGACAACCACGCGGCGGCGUGGGGCGGCGGCCACGCGCGCGCGCUGGCGGCGGCGGGCGAGCGCCUGGGCGACAUGCUGGAGGUGUCGCGCGUGCGGCGCGAGGACCUGGCGGCGCACCGCGGGCUGGGCGCGGGCGACGCGCUGCUGCAGGCGCACAACAAGCCCAGCAGCGCCAUGCCGCGCGGCCACCAGGCGCCCGCCGCCUUCCUCAUGAUGGCGGCGGGGCUGGACGCGGGCCGCGUGGCCUACACGCACCUGGACGUGGCGGCCAGCGCGGGCGAGCCGCCGCACCAGCCCACGGCCGCGCCGCUGCUGGCGCUGGCCGCGCACUACGGCCUGCUGGCCAAGCGCUAGCCCCGCCGCGAGCGCUACACCUCGCAAUACAACAAGUACAUCAGACCAUAAUAUUUUACUAUACAAAACGACUGCAUAACACAUUGUCAGAUCAGAAGACAGCCUUAUAGCAUUUAUAGAUUUUUAAGUGUGUACACUUGUCUUCCACAUGCCAGCAACUAACAAGCCUGACAAGUAAUUGUUCUGCUGCACUAGCCAAUUUCUAAAACUUUUUAUAACCAUCUACAGUCUUUUUCUUUUUUCGACUUCUCUUUUUUUACUCGUGUUGCCAUAUAUAAAAAUCGAUUGUUUUAUGUUAUGGCACAAACGUUAAUUUAUUUAUGUCCUAAUAAAGCUGUAUUUUAUUUAUAA